CCGGGAGGUUGGGAAGGCUCGUUCCUUCCGUGUGCUGCCUCCUCAGCCUCAGCCUCGUCGCUCCUGCCGCUCAGAGGCUGCAUUGGCGGUGUUCGCCACGCGAGGAGAAGGGAGGGGACUGCGGGAGCGUGCGUGCACGGGGAUCCCCGCAGUCCCAGCAGGUCCUCUAGUGCCGGGGGGCGGCGGGGGUCAGCCGCAGUUGGGGGAGGCCCUAGACGGCGCCAUGUCUGCAGGCGGCCCGUGCCCGACAGGAGUCGCGGGGGGCCCAGGGGGCGCCUCCUGCGCCGUGGGGGUCUCCCCUGGUGGGGUGUCCAUGUUCCGUUGGCUGGAGGUGCUGGAGAAGGAGUUCGACAAGGCCUUCGUGGAUGUGGAUCUGCUCCUGGGUGAAAUCGAUCCAGACCAGGCAGACAUCACUUAUGAGGGGCGACAGAAGAUGACCAGCCUGAGCUCCUGCUUUGCGCAGCUUUGCCACAAAGCCCAGACAGUGUCCCAGAUCAACCACAAGCUAGAGGCACAGCUGGUGGAUUUGAAAUCUGAACUGACAGAGACCCAAGCAGAGAAAGUUGUAUUAGAGAAAGAAGUACAUGAUCAGCUUUUACAGUUGCACGCAAUUCAGCUUCAGCUUCAUGCUAAAACCGGUCAAAGUGUUGACUCUGGUACCAUUAAGGCAAAAUUGUCUGUCCCCUCUCUGGAGGAGCUGGAGAGAGAACUUGAGGCAAACAAAAAAGAAAAAAUGAAAGAAGCUCAACUUGAAGCUGAAGUGAAGUUGUUGAGAAAAGAGAAUGAAGCCCUUCGUAGACAUAUAGCUGUUCUCCAGGCUGAAGUUUAUGGGGCAAGACUGGCUGCCAAGUACUUGGAUAAAGAACUGGCAGGAAGGGUCCAACAAAUACAAUUACUAGGACGAGAUAUGAAAGGACCUGCUCAUGAUAAGCUUUGGAACCAGUUGGAAGCUGAAAUACAUUUGCAUCGUCACAAAACUGUCAUCAGAGCUUGUAGAGGACGCAACGACCUGAAACGACCGAUGCAGGCACCACCAGGCCACGAUCAAGACUCUUUAAAGAAAAGCCAAGGUGUUGGUCCAAUUAGAAAAGUUCUUCUCCUUAAGGAAGAUCAUGAAGGCCUUGGCAUUUCAAUCACAGGUGGGAAAGAACAUGGUGUUCCAAUCCUCAUUUCUGAGAUCCACCCAGGGCAACCUGCUGAUAGAUGUGGAGGGCUGCAUGUUGGAGAUGCUAUUCUGGCUGUUAAUGGAGUUAACCUAAGGGACACAAAGCAUAAAGAAGCUGUAACCAUUCUUUCCCAGCAGAGAGGAGAGAUUGAAUUUGAAGUAGUUUAUGUGGCUCCUGAAGUGGAUUCUGAUGAUGAAAAUGUAGAGUAUGAAGAUGAGAGUGGUCAUCGUUACCGACUGUAUCUUGAUGAGUUAGAAGGAGGGAGUAAUCCUGGUGCUGGUUGCAAAGACACAAGUGGGGAAAUCAAAAUGCUACAAGGAUUUAAUAAGAAGUCAGUAACUGAUGGACAUGAAAAUGGAGACCUAGGAACUUCGAGUGAAACUCCACUAGAAGACAGUGCUUCUAAACUAGAUGAUAUGCACAGUCUGUAUCACAAAAAAUCUUACUAAAUUGACUGUUAUCUCCGGACAAGAUCAUUAAUCAGACUCUUCUGAAUUUGGGGCACUCGGGAAUAUGGUGCCAAAGGCUGUACAAGAUCAAGGGAGGCUGUUGCCUGAAUGAAAGGCGGGUACCUCAGGGCUUCAUGUGAACAAUUAUAAGUGCAUAAACUCUCUGUUUUCUGUACUAUACCAUAAUUAGCUAUUGCAUGUAAAUCAAUUUUGAUUUUCUUAAAAUUGUAAAGCACCAAAGCAUGUGUUUCCCAGAGGUAUGUUACUAGAGUCUUAAGUACCAAAUGAAGCACUACUGUUUUAUUUGGUUCCUUUUCCAUUUAGUAGAAGGACACUGCUAACUGGAAUUUUAUAAGACAUAGCCCUUAAAUACAAGAGAGUAAAUGAAUUCAUAUUAUGUAUUCCAGAUGUUAAGUGUGGUGUUUCAAAGGACAGAACUUGACUCAAUGAAUUGCAGAAAUGUAGGCUUGACUUAUGUUUUUUUUUAAUUGAAAUACUGGUUUUGGUUUUUUUAAAUUUAUUGUGCAUCCUGAUAGCUUAAUCAGUUCUUAAUGAUCAUUAUGGUAAUGACUUUGCCUUUCAGUUUUAUUAAGUGCAGUACAAAAUAGUUUUUUUAAGCAAUCCUUUAUCAAUCAAUUUUGCACUAGAAAUAGUUUCCAAAAAGUUACUGUACAUUGUACUUUUCUGGUUUUUAAAAGAAAUGCAGAUGAGUGUAAAGUAUCUGUUGUCAGUUAUGUUGAUCUGUGUGCAUGGUAUUGGAGCAUUAUUUUAUUGAUGUUUAGUGUCAAAUGUUUUUUUCUGAGACCGACAAAAAACAAUUUUAUACAUUUUGAGUUGUUCAUAAAGCUUGUCCUGUUGUGGUAGUCCUGGCACUUAAAGACACAUCUUUCUGGCAGUAAAGCUCAAAUAUAUUCCUAUGUCAAUGAAAUACAUUGCAUUCAAACUGCAGUUUUCUCUGAAAGUAACUGAUUUGCCAAUGGUCUUAAAAAGCUGACUGAACAAGAUAAGGUGAAGACAUUGUGAUAAGGUUAUUGCUUUGGUUGGCCUUUUAUGUCAGUGUAUGUUUGACUAAAGUGCUUGUUAUAUGCAAACUUCAGAUUUGCGAAUUCUCUUAUCCCAGGAUUAUGCAUGGAGUGCCUGCUGUCUUACUGUUCUGCAGGCCACUAUAUCCUGCUGGGGAAUGUGAAAACAUUGCAUUUAAAGAGGUGAUAGUUUUGCCACUAUCACUGUUCUAAAGGAUACACAUUUAGGGGAAUAUUAAGUGGGAGAAAGCCUACUACAUGGCUUUGAGUAUAUCGGUAUCUUCAUUUCUAAUAUUCCAAUGUUAUGUGAUAUAAAACACACUUUGUCUUUCCUAGAUGCACUGUAUAUUUGUUCAUAGAUAAAUCUAUAAAAUGUAUAUACUUCAUUUGGUGGUUUUGCUAUUUAUAAAUUUUAUGUUUUAACUUGCUCAUUGAUGGUUUGUUCUGGGUGGUUUUGUUUAGCUGUAGAUCACUAUGUUAAUUUGUAAUAGAAAUGCAUUUCAUAGUAUAUAUUGUUACUGAUAUUGAAAUACUUCAUAGCAUUACAUUGCCUCUAAGCAAAAGCUAGUAUUUAAUUGUACAACUGAAUAAGCAAACUCUACAUUAUUGUUUGCUCUUGACAGGUAAGGCCUCUUAAAAAAAAAAAACUUUUCUGUACACAUUCCUCUAUUCCAAACACAUAUCCCUAUGCAUGACAUGAGAUCAGCAAACUAGAUUAUAGCCAGUGUAUUCAUUGUCAAAAAAUAAUUUUCACAUUGUAGUCCAUCUGAAAACUUUUUUGUUGUGACUUGAAACCAUGUUAUUCUUAUCUUUUUAAAACACAGCCUGGGAUGGGAUGACCAUGUCAUUUUCUCAGAGAAUAUCCUUUAUUUGCUAUGACUGAAUCCUUAGGAAAUAUUAUCUAAAAACUUUUGAUUUUUUUAGAACUAUCCAAUAAGACUAUGAAGAGUUUUUGUAAAGCCUCAAGUUGGCAUUUCUAUGAGGAUGCUGUGUAAUGUGAAGGAUUGUAUGAGAUGGUUAUGAUAUAAACUUGCAAGGGCAGAUAAGCAGAGUGAAAAAUUUUCUGGGUAGUUUGAAAUUGCACAGGUCAGUUCCCUUUUCAUUCCGGCUCCACCUUGGUUUGCAAGCCUGCAUGAGACAACUAUUGCUCAGAAGCUACUGUAUUUCCUGUCAGGUGUUUAGAAAAUAGCCAGUUAAAAGUUCAUUUUAGAAUAUAUGGUUUUUGGGGAAUGAAGUAAAUACAGACUUUUUCCAAAGGACUGAAUGAGAAGCAGUUUUUAUGUUUUCACACUUACAGGAAAGAAACUCAUAACACUCAAGUUUCUAGCACAAAACCAAACAGAUAAGGAGAGAACUGUUACAAAGCCAUUACAAUUUGAAAGGAAAAGAAAAACACAAAUGCACACACAAACAGAAUAGUUAAGAAAAAAAUUUCAGUACUGAGUGUAAGGGUAGUAUGUAUUUUAACCUCUGAAAUUCUCUUCCAGGGUAUCUCUUGUGAAUAUGAUGAAAAAACAUUUGGGUUAUGAGACUUACUAAAAUAGACUCAAGAGAGAUGAAAAUUUUGAGUCUUGUAAUUAUAACUAACAGUUGUCCAAAGUUAGCACAGCUUAUCCUUGGUGCUGGGUUUAUUCUCACAGUGGACUUUUGUUUUCAUGUUCAGAAACAAAGUGUAUUGAUUCAUGUGUAAGUUGCACAUUAUUUGGCAUCCUUAUUAUGUAAUCUACUAUUCCACCUAUCCAGUCUUCCACUUAGGGUCAGCCUCAAAUCUAUAGGAUUUAUGAUAAAUGUAUUAUAUCCAGUUAAGUUGAGUUUAAUAUUUUUUUAUCAGCUUGUAAAUAAAGAUGGCAUCUUCUACAUUAAAAUGGUAUCUCAUUUUUAAAAAAAUAAACACUUUGCAUUUCUGUGGCAUUAAA